UGUCUGUGUGAGGAGUUUAAGUGGCUCAGGUUUGGUGGUUUUGAGCUUUUUAACAGUUUAACCUCUGAGGUUCCAAGGUUCUGAGGAUGGCCCUGUGGACCAUGAUAAUCUCACUGGCACUUUUGCAGCUUGCUGUGACCGUCAGAGCACAGGGCAUCGUCUAUGAUUUGCUGGCAUCUCCUGACUGCCUGCCAGACCUUCUCCAGGGAGGUUUGAGGACCAAAGGACUGGAUGAGGCUUUCCUCCUGUCCUCCUUCAAGCUCCACAACAAGGUUCCUGCCCAGCUUUACAGCAUCAGCAACCCUACAGACUCCAGCAAGUACCUGGACCUCAGCGUUCAGGCCAAGCUCAACAAGGUCACUGUGCGUUACAUGAAGGCUGACGGUCGCUUUGGCACCACCAGUUUUAACCACGCCUCCCUGGCUGAUGGGAUGGAGCAUCAUGUGAUGCUGCAUGCCAGUGGGCUCAAUCAGCACAGCCCCCCUCGCAUUGCAGUGUACGUAGACUGCAGUCUGGUACACACGAUGGACGAACUACCUGCUGUGUUUGGGGCACUGCCACCUGGACCUAACAGGGUGGCACUUAGGACCCUGCAAUCCACUGUACAGGAUAAGCUGACUGACCUAAAGCUGGUGAUUGAGGACACCAUAGACAAUGUGGCUACUCUUCAGGACUGCAGCUCCCAGCAGAGAGAGUCACUGCAGCUCCUGGGCCUCCAGGGUAGACAGGACUCAUCUCAGAUUCUGGACCUUACCAAGAUGAUGUCAGAAAUGAGAGACCUGCUCCUUCAGCAGAUUAAGGAGACAGCCUUCCUGAGGAACACCAUCUCUGAGUGUCUGGCCUGUGGACUAGGGGGCAGUGAAUCCUCAGGUACAGCAAGAUCAAAGUGCGCUCCAGGAACGUGCUUCCUGCAGACCAUGUGCCUCCCGGCACAGGGAGGAGGGUUUGAGUGUGCCCCCUGCCCUGACGGGUACACAGGAGAUGGGGUAAAUUGCGAUGACGUAGACGAGUGCCAGUUUAACCCCUGCUUUCCUGGCGUGCGCUGUGUGAACACCGUGCCAGGGUUCCACUGUGAGAGGUGCCCUCUGGGAUACACAGGACCAGAAAUCAACGGAGUGGGGGUUGCCUAUGCGCAGGCCAACAAACAGGUUUGUCAGGACAUAGACGAGUGCCAGGGGCCACCAGACAACGGCGGGUGUACAGCAAACUCUUAUUGCCACAACUCAGUGGGUUCGUACCGCUGUGGGGAAUGUUUGAGUGGCUUCUCUGGGGACCAAGUGAGAGAUUGCCGAGGGGAGAGGCUGUGUGCCAAUGGCCUACCAAAUCCCUGUGACACCAACGCAGAGUGUGUGGUAGAGAGAGAUGGCAGCGUCAGCUGCAUGUGUGGUAUUGGGUGGGCAGGAAAUGGCUACGUGUGUGGAAAAGACACAGACAUUGAUGAUUAUCCUGACAGCAAACUCCAGUGCAGGGACAACAAAUGUGAAAAGGACAACUGUGUGUUUGUCCCUAACUCUGGCCAAGAGGACGCAGACAGGGAUGGGCUAGGAGAUGCGUGUGACGAUGACGCAGACAGCGAUGGGAUUGUUAACAUAGAUGACAACUGCUGGCUGGUUCCUAACGUAGACCAGAAAAACAGUGAUAAGGAUCUCCAUGGCAAUGCAUGCGACAACUGUGUUAUAACAGACAACCCAGACCAGAGAGACACAGACAAAGACGGGCUUGGAGAUAAGUGCGAUGACGACAUGGAUGGAGAUGGUCUGAAAAACAUUCUUGAUAACUGCCAGCGUGUGCCGAACACUGACCAGAAAGACAGAGAUAAUGACGGGGUGGGCGACGCCUGUGACAGCUGCCCCGAUAUGGUCAACCCCAACCAGUCUGACGUGGAUGACGACUUGGUGGGAGACACGUGUGACACCAACGUUGACAGUGAUGGAGAUGGACACCAAGAUACCAAAGACAACUGUCCUACUGUCAUCAACUCCUCUCAGCUGGACACUGAUAAAGAUGGAAAGGGAGAUGAUUGUGAUGAUGACGAUGACAAUGAUGGGGUACUGGAUGAUGUUGACAACUGCCGCCUGGUGGCAAACCCUGACCAGAAGAAAACUAAAAAAGACAGUAAGGUUGGGGAUGCAUGUGCUGGGGACUUCGACCGUGACAAUGUGAUUGACAUGAAAGAUAACUGUCCUGAAAAUGCUGAGGUGGCACUGACGGACUUCCGAGCCUAUCAGACGGUAGUAUUGGACCCCGAGGGCGACGCACAGAUUGACCCCAACUGGGUGGUUCUCAACCAGGGCAUGGAGAUAGUCCAGACCAUGAACUCUGAUCCUGGCCUAGCUGUAGGUUACACGCUGUUUAACGGCGUGGACUUCGAGGGGACAUUCCACGUCAACACGGUGACAGAUGACGACUACGCCGGCUUCAUCUUUGGCUACCAGGACUCGUCCUCCUUCUACGUGGUCAUGUGGAAGCAGACAGAGCAGACUUACUGGCAGGCUGUCCCCUUCCGAGCCGUGGCUGAGCCAGGCAUACAGCUGAAGGCAGUGAAGUCUAAGACUGGCCCAGGUGAGUACCUGAGGAACUCUCUGUGGCACACAGGUGACACCAGCGAUCAGGUGCGUCUCCUGUGGAAGGACCCCAGGAACGUGGGGUGGAAGGACAAGGUCUCCUACCGCUGGUAUCUCCAGCAUAGACCUCAGGUUGGAUACAUCCGGGCCCGGUUCUACGAGGGCUCAACCCUGGUGGCUGACUCUGGGGUGAGGAUCGACACUAGCAUGCGGGGGGGCCGACUGGGCGUGUUCUGCUUCUCUCAAGAAAAUAUCAUCUGGUCCAAUCUGAAGUACCGAUGCAACGACACCAUACCUGUUGACUAUCAGGAGUUCAGCGCGCAGCACUCCUACGAACAGUGAACAACUCCGGAGAUGAGGAGAGGAAGAAGAUAUGUGAAAGGAUGGUGUACUGAGAACGGAAAGUAGGAUACUGGAAUGGGAAUACAAAAGCAGCUUUAAGUGGGAGAGAAAGUUUUUUUUGACAAAGGGUCGUCUUUGAAUUUAAUCUAUAGUAUUAUACCUUUGUACUGUUGGUGGUUACUGUUGUUUGAGGGUGGUGAGAGAGGGGGAGGGGGGAGCCUGACGGAGACAGUUCAUUAAGGCUUCCAGUCACACACGUUAACAUAUAGAAUAUCACUCUGCCAUGCACUUUCUAAUGGAAGAGCAUAUUUCUCAUUCCUGAUUAACUGUACAAUUGAAAUCAACAAUCACAUUUUAUGCUAACUGUAGAGGUACUCUGUUCUUUAAUAUCUACAUUGUGUAUAUGUCAUGAUAUAACUCUAACCCUAUCAUCCAUGUUGCUUAGUUUGCUGAUGAUAAAGAUGUUGAGCAUUU